GUAUGUGAAACAUAAUAAUAGAGAGGUUUUGACACUGACAGUCAAAUAGCAAAUUGAAAUUGGAUGUAGGAAUUUUUAAAAAGUGGAUUUAUUAUAAUUUUCAUUAGAAAUGUCUGGAAAUGAAGGACUGGAGCAUCUUAUUCCUCUAGUUAAUAAACUUCAAGAUGCAUUUACACAAUUAGGAGUUAGUCUUUCCUUAGAUUUACCGCAAAUUGCCGUAGUAGGAGGCCAGAGUGCAGGCAAAAGUAGCGUACUUGAAAAUUUUGUUGGCAGAGAUUUUUUAAUUAACGGUAGUGGUAUAGCUACACAGCUGCCAAACGUUGGAUUUUUAAUCUGCUCAAAAUUUCAAUAUGGAGAAUUUUUACACUGCAAAGGGAGGAAAUUUACAGACUUUGAAUCAAUCAGAAAAGAAAUUGAAGAUGAAACUGAUCGACUCACGGGAGCCAAUAAAGGAAUUUCUUCUGCUCCCAUCAACUUGCGAGUUUUCUCUCCUUAUGUUUUAAACUUGACUCUUGUUGACUUGCCGGGUAUGACGAGAGUACCAGUGGGUGAUCAACCUGCCGACAUUGAAAACCAAAUUCGAGAAAUGAUCCUCUCUUUCAUUCGCAAGGAAAACUGUCUCAUUCUUGCUGUCACUGCUGCCAACCAAGAUGUUGCUACAUCUGAUGCUCUGAAGCUUGCUAAAGAAGUUGAUCCAGAAGGAAUGCGAACUAUAGGAGUUAUCACGAAACUUGACCUGAUGGAUGAAGGAACAGAUGCUCGUGACAUUCUGGAAAACAGGACUUUUCCACUUCGUAGAGGUUAUGUUGGUGUUGUGAACAGGAGUCAGAAGGAUAUUGAGGGAAGAAAAGAUAUUAAAGCAGCUAUUGAGGGAGAACGAAAGUUUCUUCUAAGUCAUCCUAGUUACAGGCACAUGGCUGACAAAAUGGGCACUCCGUACUUACAGAGAGUACUUAAUCAGCAACUAACGAAUCAUAUCAAAGAUACUCUUCCCGCACUGCGGGAGAAAUUACAACAUCAGUUGCUGUCUAUGGAAAAAGAAGUUGAAGAGUAUAAACAGUUCCGCCCUGAUGACCCUUCUCGUAAAACCAAAGCCAUGAUGCAAAUGAUCCAGCAGCUUCAGACAGACUUUGAACAGAACAUCGAAGGUUCAGGCUCUGCAGCGAUAAAUACUAACGAACUUUCUGGUGGUGCUCGUAUCAAUCGACUGUUUCAUGAACGUUUUCCUUUUGAAAUAGUAAAGAUGGAGUUUGAUGAGAAAGAACUUAGAAGAGAAAUUGCAUUUGCAAUCAGAAAUAUUCAUGGUAUCAGGGUUGGACUUUUCACUCCAGAUAUGGCCUUUGAAGCUAUUGUAAAAAGACAGAUCGCAAGGUUGAAGGAACCAUCUUUAAAGUGUGUAGACCUAGUUGUUAAUGAACUGGGAAAUGUUCUCAAAAAGUGUGCAGAGCAGGUGAGUUUGGACGCUGUUGGUUUUGUGAACCAAUUCCCUUCCUUUAGUGCUCAACAAAAGGCAGAAAACACAGCUGGUAAACGAACCAUUGGAAAUCAGGUGAUUCGAAGAGGCUGGAUGUGUAUUCAUAACUUGGGUAUUAUGAAGGGCGGUUCUCGUGACUACUGGUUUGUUUUAACAUCGGAAUCCCUUUCUUGGUAUAAAGAUGAGGAAGAAAGAGAUAAGAAAUACAUGCUCCAGUUGGAUGGUUUGAAAAUCAAAGACAUUGAUCCGGGUUUUAUGUCCCGUCGCCACACUUAUGCUCUCUUUAAUCCAGAUCAAAGACAUCUGAGACUUUCACUAGAUACUGGACCUACUAAAGACUUCAUAUAUGGGGAUCUGCUUCCUAGUUUGUAUGCUUCAAGUGACCAGGCAACCUUGAUGGAAGAAUCUCAGGAAGAAGCUGUUAAACGGGAUGAAAUGCUUCGGAUGUAUCAUGCCUGUAAAGAUGCUCUGAAGAUAAUUGGAGAUGUUUCUAUGACAACAUCUUAUCAACCUGUCCCACCUCCAGUGAAAGAUGACUGGCUAAGAGCGAGUACACCAGACUCACCUCGCCCGUCAUCACCUGGGCCAAGAAGAAAUCCCUCUGUUAGAAUUCCUCCACUUCCACCCGUGGCUUCCCGCCAAGUACCUGUAAUACCAUCUCGCCCUGAAGCUGUGCCCAACAGAGCCCCACCGACAGCUCCUCCAAGACCAGUGUCCUCUGGAAACCUAACUCCACCAUUGGUUCCUUCGCGAGGGUCUGCAGGAGGCCUUCCUUCCGUACCACCACGAAACACACAGGCGGGACCCGAGCCUGUUCUUGAUGCCUUUGGCAUGCCUCUACAUAAAUAACUGGCCACAUUGUCAGAUAUUCUGAGUAGGAUAAGAAGGUGUAGGUUGGUGAUUAAAUUACUGACUUGUGUCAACUUGCAUCUCUAUCUUUAGAUCCUUAAUAAUGUCUUGAUAGAAAAACGUGUCUGUUGUUUAAUAACUACAAAUGGUGUUUUAUUUAUUUUUAUGUAGUUCUUUUCAUUGUAGGAUCAAUCCUGUUGUUAUUAAUGUUUAGGAUUCAAUGUUUAAUACUUGUUUUACUGUAAACUGUCAUAAAUCUACUUACAGCUGAUUCCUUGUUUUUAUGAAACAAAUAGCAGUUACUAACCAAGCAUAACUCAGAAGUCAACAAAUAAAUUAUCCCAUAUAUAACAUUUUUGUUUCAUUGCUGGUGGUCAGUGGGUGUAUUUUGUUCUAGCUGUUAGGUAUUUGUGAAAAACCGUGUAGUUUUUGACCUCUUGUCCUUUUGCAUCUCUUCAGUUUGUGAUCUGUUUUGACCAAACAUAAUCUUUAACUUUGAACUGAACCUGUAAUAACAGUAAAUCUUCUAGGUGAGUCUCACUUUGAACUCAACCUGUAAUAACAGUAAAUCUUCUAGGUGAGUCUCACUUUGAACUCAACCUGUAAUAACAGUAAAUCUUCUAGGUAAGUCUCACUUUGAACUGAACCUGUAAUAACAGUAAAUCUUCUAGGUGAGUCUCACUUUGAACUGAACCUGUAAUAACAGUAAAUCUUCUAGGUGAGUCUCACUUUGAACUCAACCUGUAAUAACAAUAAUCUUCUAGGUGAGUCUCACUUUGAAAUCAACCUAUAAUAACAGUAAAUCUUCUAGGUGAGUCUCACUUUGAAAUCAACCUGUAAUAACAGUAAAUCUUCUAGGUGAGUCUCACUUUGAACUCAACCUGUAAUAACAGUAAAUCUUCUAGGUGAGUCUCACUUUGAACUCAACCUGUAAUAACAGUAAAUCUUCUAGGUGAGUCUCACUUUGAACUCAACCUGUAAUAACAGUAAAUCUUCUAGGUGAGUCUCACUUUGAACUCAACCUGUAAUAACAGUAAAUCUUCUAGGUGAGUCUCAGAAUGUAUUGUUUUAACAUAUUUAGUGUUAGUUAAACCAUUUUGAUAUUGAAUUUGUGUUUUCUUUCAGCAAGUCAGCUUUCUUAACUUAAGCUUCUUGUUUUAUUGUUGAAAAUUUAAGAGAAACAACUUCAGGUUUUUAAAAGCUAAACUUUGUUUUUUCACCCUGACUUACAAAGAGGUUCUGUUAAGUGGCUACCAUACUUAUUGUAUUAUACAUUAUUAAAUUAAAGUUUAUAGUUCACUAAUUAGUUAUGCAGCACACGUUUGUUCCAUAGUUUCUCUACUACCAAAGCAGUAGUCGUAUUAACGUUUAUUAACUGCUUGUAAAUGUUGUAAUAUAGCUAAAUGUUUCAGUUGAACAAAAGUAUUAUCCAGUUAGAAUGUACAGAAGUACUCUGUUUGAUGGAAUGUUGAGCUUAUCUUGCCUUUGUUGUUAACUUCAGGUAGAUUGUUUAAUAGUUAUUGUUUACCUGAUGUCACUGAAUGUAUUCAACUGUUAAUUUCUUAAAGAUAUCUUAUUAAACUUGAUAAGGUUUUCCGUUCUUUUGUAUAAAUACACAAUGUGGUUGUUUAGCUCCUAUUUAUAUUUAAGAUACUUCAACAUUUAAGUUUCUUUUUAUUGUAUUAGGUUUGUUUAAUUUGUAACUUUAGAUGCCCAAGAGUGGAGUGGGACUUCCUGGCAUGCUCAACUUGCGUUUUUUUUGUUUCAGUUGUAAUACUUGGUUAUUAGUCAGAUUUUGUUAUGUUUUGUAGGAGACCCCAUCCUUCUGUUCCUCCACGAAUCCCCGACAGGCCUCAAAUUCCAGCCAGGCCUUAUUAGGUCACCGCUGAUAAAUUAAAGUGAACUGACCAAGACUCUUUUAUCGGUGAUCCAGCUGUUUACAUUCCUAGGUUCAAACAUUAUUGUUGGUUUUGUUUUUAAAACCGUUUUAAUCUUUCCUGAAUGAAUAAUUGGCAGUAAAGCUGGGGGUGAUUGUGAAUGUAGUUAAUAGAUGUUUUUCUCUGAGGAAUGAAAAUGUUUCUUUGUUUCAAUAUAUAUAUAUAAGAAAUAAGUUUGAUCAUGUAUAUUUAUAAAUUAUGAUGAUUGUUGUAAAAAGAGGGAAGAAACCAGGGAAUAAAUUAAUGUUAUCUUCGAUGAAGUAACUUGUUAUAGAACCCACAGUGUUCAAGUUGUUAGCCUAACAGUUUUGUUAUACCAAGUAAGGUGUAGUUUAUUUAAAGUAAGUUUUCUCAGCAAUACACUUGACUUAUAUGUUACUCCAGGAUGUAAUAUUUUAACACUUUUGAAGAAGUAUUGAUCUGUUUUUGGUAUGUGUUUUAUAAAAAUGAAGUAGUCUGUGAUUGUAAACACGUCGUGGUUACUUUAACACAAAACAGAUUCUGUCUGUACAUGCAAAUUGGCACAAUGUGCAUAACUGUGUACACGUUUUGACACGCAUCUCGAUUGGACGUAAUGAUUGGAGCUCUAAUACUUCACGUGAUUUAGACACUUUAAAUCAAAGUUCUUUUCUUUCUCUGUCAAUUUUGAUCACGUAUCAGUCAAUCUAGACAGUCAGCUGAUUAUUGCUGAGACCGACUUUAGGUUAAUUAGAAUUGUGAAGAGGCCAUCCAAAUUGUAGAGGGUAGACAGUCGGUGUACACACUUUUUAUUAUCUUGUUUCUCACGAUGAAUUACAAAACACAUGUAUGAAAUAUUUGACUCGAAACCCUGUCUUGACCUCUGUCAGAUGAAAUUAUCCAUAGUGAAUAGAUAAGUUAUUGUUGUUUUCAGUUUAAAAUAUUUUAUUUCUAGACUGUGGUACUUUGAUUUGAUAUAACAAUUCUUAGUAACUACACUUGUUUUUCUUGUGUACCUUUUUAACGUCUCGUUCUUCAUGAUUGUUAACGUUAAAUGUUUACAACUCGCAUUGUCAAUAGUAAUUACGAUUACAUUUAUUAAGUGCUGUUGGGAUGUGAAUUUCUUGCUUGUUACAGUGAUAUUUUUUUUGUUUUCAUAGAAUGAAAUAUACAUGUAAGUGAUAAAUUUCUUCAGAUUGUACAUAAAAUUUAAUAGAAAUCCAUUAAUUAAUGCUCAGAAGGCAUGAACUGGAAGAGUACUUCAUUAUGUGUAUAUUUUCUUUUCAACGUAAUGUACGAAUUGAAGGCACUUUCGGAUACCUUCAGAAAAGUAAUGUUCUUCGUGUAGCGACGAACCUAGAACGUUUCUGUAAUAAACUGUUCUUAGUCACUUCAA